GUCUAGACAGUGAACACCGGAAUACAUUGGGCAGCGAAACAGGGACUCCCUCUGACAUCUAAAGGGCAGGAAGACGCCGCUGGGAACCCUGUUUCCGCACAUGGGUGCGCACCCCGAGGAUUAUGUCAGCGCAGUCUGAAGUAUCUCCUCCUCCUCCUCCUCUUCGCCUGCACGGGAUCCUGUUCCCGUCCUGGCCACCGACACGUUUGUGGCGUGACAGCGGACGACGCUCCAGUUUCGACUCACGGCUCUCUCGCCUCGCACGCCGGGAACAAAUCAGGCGGAGAGCGCGAACCGGCGGACCUGAGGCGGCGAGCAGCGCAGCGCCCUUGGAGGAGGAGAGCAGCCCGUGGAUCGCGCGGCGGGGACCUGCGGACAGACCUCUGCGGCCGGCGGUACACCGAGUGGCGUGGCCGACCCCCGCUAAGCGGGUGGCGGCCAUGCCCGUGACGACCUGCGGCGGCAGCAGCUGCGAGUGGCCCUGCUGCCGGCUGCUGCGGCAGCAGCGACGACGAGGCGAGGCAGCACAGGGGCCCGUGCGGCGGCCAUGAGCAACGGCAGCAGUACGGCUAACCUGAGCUGGCUGGACGGCGUGGCGGCGCUGAACGCGACGCUCGACGGCAAUGGCUCGGCGGCGGCAGACGACGAGACCGGCGGGUGGCCUCCAGUGCCCGAGGACCCGUGGGACGGGUCGCCCUACCCUAGCCGCUACUCGAAGCUGAGCUUCGUGGCGACCGCGUUCGUGGUCACCUGCAUCAUGAUCCUCAUUGUGGUGGGCAACAUGCUGGUGUGCAUCGCGAUCGCCACCGAGAAGACGCUCAAGACGAUCCAGAACUGGUUCAUCGCCUCCCUGGCAGUGUCCGACUUCCUCAUCGGGCUCAUCAUCAUGCCCUUCUCGCUCGCCAAGGAGCUGAUGGGCUACUGGAUCUUCGGCGCGCUUUGGUGCGACGUGCACGCCGCACUGGACGUGCUCAUAUGCACCGCCUCCAUCAACAACUUGUGCCUCAUCAGCCUGGACCGGUACUGGUCUGUCACGCACGCCGUCGAGUACCUCAAGAAGCGCACCGCCUCGCGCGCCAUGGCCAUGAUAUGCUUCGUGUGGCUCCUGUCGGCACUCAUCUCGCUGCCUCCGCUCGUCGGCUGGAAGAAGUCCCAGCAGGCCUCCGAUUACCCCCAGUGUUCUGUUUCUGAGGACGUCGGUUAUGUGUUGUACUCGGCCCUCGGGUCGUUUUAUGUUCCCGCGGUCGUCAUGGUGUUUGUGUACAUCCGGAUAUUCCUGGCGGCCCGCUCGCGCGCGCGCCGGCACGUCAAGAAGCAGGCCCGGCACGUACCAGAGCUCACGAACGAUCCGGUGCGCGAUAAGUCGACAACGACAACGACGACGACGUGCACCAGCUUCAGUAACCCGAGCCCGCCGGACUCCUCGGCGGCGGCGCACAAGAUGAACGGCGGCGGCGGUGGUGGUGGCGGCGGAGCGCAGCGCAGGGGCAUCCUGCCCAGCGCGGCGCCGCAGAUCAUCAUCGAGACUCCCGAAGAGCCGAGCUCGGCGCCGCCGUCACCCCCGUUGCCGUCCCGCCGCCAGGAGGGCCUCGGCGGGCUCAGGGCCCCGGAAGUCGGCCUACGAGCCGACGACUCCGAGGCGGCGCCGCUGCAGGGCUCGCACGACGCGCCGGGCUUGCUGAGCGCGCCGCAGUCGCGGAUCGCGCGCUCCCCUUACGGCUCCACGCUGUCGCUCAAUGAGCGCGACGAGGACAGCGAGCUGUGCGAGUCUUCCAACGCGGCCGGAGGAGAAUCUUCGGGCGGCAGCGGCGGCGGCACCAGCAAAAAGGGCGGCCGCCCCACGCCCACAUCCAAGCGGCGACCGGCGCCUCCACAGGGACUGACGUACGCAGUGGCGCGCCACAGUCCGUCGGACGCCGAGCGCCACAAGCGCAAGCUAGCCAAGGCCCGCGAGCGCCGCGCCACCAUGAUUCUGGGCCUGAUCAUGGCCGCCUUCAUCCUGGCCUGGCUGCCCUUCUUCGUCCUCUACGUGCUGGGCGCGCUCUGCAAGCGCUGCGACAUCAGCGGCACGGUGUUUGCGGUCGCCUUCUGGCUCGGCUACUGUAACUCGGCCGUCAACCCUAUCAUCUACACCAUCUUCAACCGAGACUUCCGCAAGGCCUUCCGCAAAAUCCUCUUCAAGUGAUCCUGCGCCGCCGCUGCCGCCAUCCGGCCCGGCGCUGCUGUCUUCCACGGCGCCGCCUGGCCUGCCACUGCCGCCGGCGCGGCGCAGCCUCGCCCGUCGAAGGAUCCCCGCCGCCGCUGAAACAAAAAAAAAUAUCCCGCUCUGCCCGCCGCUCCUAAUCCUCGUUGUUUACCAUUUGGGAGCCUCCACCACGAACCGAGAGAAGGCGCUCCGUGCGUGCUCGCCAAACGGAGUCCGCCUUCCGCGCGCGCCCAGGGACCUGUCCACGCCGUCUGUGGCCUGUGCGUCUCGCGCAUCGACAGUCCAGCCGCGCCGCCACCACCACGCGCACACGCGCACGUGCCGCCCAUCUCCCGGCGUGAAACAACACCGUGUGCUGCUGUGCCGUGCUGUGCUCCGCGCUGCGCACACAUGCCACGACCGCACAACUGUGUAUACAUGUUUGUUAACUACCGUA